AUGUCAUUUUUGACAUGGACGGUAAUACUUAUACAGCGUCUUGGAUCAUAUGUUGCUAUGUACGAAUUUGAUAAGAAAAAUGAAGAAUUUGAACUAAGAACCCUUGUUAAACUAAACGACAACCACAUUAACAUUGCCAGAAGCAAAAUGAAAGUUUCAAAUGCAGCACAAGUCUUUAGCCACAAAGUAGCUUCAACAAUGAAAUUGGUGUCUGAUAAUGCCCCAAAGGAAGUUUGCUGGCCAAUGCUGUAG